CUCCAGUACCGCAUCUCUGCACCACCUCUGCCCUCCUUCGCACAUUGUGAUCCCAUCGACCUCCUCGCUAUCAUCGGUUCCAAGGUCAGCGCUGUCAUCAAAAGACUGCAGGCCAUCUUCGAUCGCAAGGAUCAAUUGCUCGACAUUCCCCACGAUCAUCGGCUCGCCCUUCAAUGCAUCAGUGACAAGCUUGAGUGGAUCCUCGACAACAUCGAAAACGGCUCUUCGUGGACAUGCAAUCAGCAGCAAAACAUCGACUGGUUUUGCAAGGAGUUUGGAAAGGUCAAGUUCAGUGGACUUGGACAGAAUUUUGAGCGCAUUGUCAAGGCUUUAGUGGAGUUAGAACAUUUCGGGUACUUAGAUUGGAUCGUCCUUUAG